AUGAAGAAGCACGGCAUGGUGCCUGACCACAGCCUGUUCCAGGCGCUGGCUGCGGCCAUCAUCUGCGUCACGCCCAAGGACCACUACAAGAGGCUGGAAGAAGGCAGCAUCAUGCUCAAGAAGUACAAGACAUUCAGCUUAUGCAAGGAAGGCGUACUCGUGGACGGCGAGCCGUCGCCGGUAAAGAGCGACGUGGUGAUCUUCGGCACCGGGUUCAAGGGCGACGAGAAGAUCAAGGACAUGUUCACUUCAGAGUACUUCCGGAACGUCGCGAUUGGGUCAGAAUCCACUACUGUGCCUCUCUACAGACAGUGCAUAAAUCCUAAGAUACCUCAGCUCGCCGUGAUCGGAUAUUCUGACACCCAUUCGAACAUGUACGCCUCGGACAUUCGCGCCAAGUGGUUGGCACGCUUCUUGGAUGGCAGCUUCAGACUACCCAACGUCGCGGCAAUGCAGAAGGAUGUGCUCGAAUGGGAGAAGUACAUGAAGAGAUACUGUGGAAGAUACUUCCGCCGGUCCAGCAUCAUGAUCCUGAACACUUGGUACAACGACCAGCUCUGCCGUGACAUGGGGUGCAAUCCUAGGAGGAAGAAGGGGUUCUUUUCAGAACUGUUUGAGCUCUAUGGCCCUGGUGAUUAUGCUAACCUACUCUCCAACUCCAAGUCCAAGGAACACUAG